CACAUUUUUAUAGAGGGAAUCGAUGGGUGGCAAGUUGGUGACCAUUAAUCAUUGGGGAUUUCUAGAAAUUUGUUUUGCAGGCCACCUAAAGAUACAUAACAAAGUGAAAAAAUGUAAAUUCGUACAGACUAACUUGGUUGACUUGUGAUAUGCUCACAAUGAAUCUUGUCUGUGAACUUCCUCGCCCUUCUGUGAAUUUAGGCAAUAAGAAUCUCAUACGGGGUUUCGCGAGCACGAGGAUUCGAAACCAAGGAAGGAAAUUUAAUGCAGGCUUUUCAGAAGACCACGUUAAGUUUUGUCGUCCUUUUCUUGGAAUCAAAGCAGCUGCUUCUACAAUCGAGACACCGGAAGUGAAGGUAGACAGCGGCGAGGACACAUCAGUAGAAUUGCUUGCAUGUCCUAUUUGCUAUAAGCCUUUGAUCAGGAAAGGUCCUCCAGGUCUAAAUUUGUCAGCUAUAUCGGGCUCUGGAUUUCAGUGCAAAGAGUGCAAGAAAGCAUACUCGAGUAGAGAUGUUUAUAUAGACCUCACUGUAACAGGUGGUUCGAGUGAGUAUGAUGAAUACAGGCCAGUCACUACAGAAAUGUUCAGGAGUCCAAUCGUCUCAUUUGUGUAUGAGAGAGGCUGGCGCCAACGUUUUGCAACUAGUGGCUUUCCAGGUCCAGAUGAAGAGUUCAAAAUGGCACAAAAGUUUUUUCAACCAGCUGCUGGUGGUUUACUUGUGGAUGCAAGUUGUGGAAGUGGGCUAUUUUCAAGACGAUUUGCUAAGUGUGGGAUUUAUUCGGGGGUAGUUGCCCUAGACUUCUCUGAAAACAUGCUGCGUCAGUGUUAUGAGUUCAUUAAAGGAGAUAAAGAUCUGGUCAAAGGGAACCUUGCCCUUGUUAGGGCAGACAUUUCAAGGCUUCCUUUCACAACAGGUUCCGUCGAUGCUGUGCAUGCGGGUGCUGCAAUACACUGUUGGCCAUCUCCCUCUUCUGCUGUAGCAGAAAUUUGUCGUGUUCUGAAACCUGGUGGUGUGUUUGUGGCAACAACUUUUGUGCUGCCUGAGUAUGCAGAUUGGGAUAUCGUGAAGCCAUUAAGACGAGUCGUGAAGCAAGCAGCAAACAUCUCUUCUGGUUAUUUGACUGAAAGAGAGAUACAAGAACUCAUCAAGACUUGUGCUUUUGUUGAUUAUUCGGUCAUAAGGAGACAGGGAUUCAUUAUGAUAUCUGCCCGGAAACCAGAGUAACCAGGCAUAAUAUGGGAUGCUUGUCAGAAGGGCAUCACCUCAUUUGUAAUUUUGGACAUGCAUCAGUCUUAAGAAUUCAGAGUCAAUGCAUCUUAAAGCACAGGGUAAUUAUUAAAUACUACACUCAUAAAAGCUGCUCCAUGGUGUUUUUCAAUCUCCGGUUGAUGGGGCUUUUCUUGCAAGGAAAGUCAUCAAAAUUUACACAACAAAUUAGAUUGCGUAACUGCUUGUGCAUAUUUUAGAGAACAGUUGAAAUUCAAUGUAGUUUGAUUCACUUGACAUUGUUAGCGGCAGAAAAACUUAUUGAACAACCUUAAAAUUGCUCCGAGGUUACAUGGUUUGAUUAAAAACCAUAAAGCAAAAUAUGACAAAAUUGCCCCUUAAAUCA